AUGCGCAUCGCUGCGGAUGGAACAACCCACCCUAUUCCAUCUCCAACUUCCACGCCUUUCGACUCAGCAGUCGUGCCCCCGCGGCACCUCGAUCCUAGCCCCACCCUUCAAGAACUAGGUAUCCACAGCCUCGGGGAACCUCACCCUCAGCACCUAGACCACCACACCCCCACUCCGCCAAGUGACGCCAACGAACCCAUCGCAGAUUCCGACAUGGAGGACCACGCACCGCCACCACACCCCAACACAACGGCACACCUUCAGAUAGACGUCCAGAUGGAGGGACCGAACGGCCACGCCUGUACCACCCCAUCGCCGCCUCGGGGACUUAGCACCCCACCGGCCGUUCCCACCACCAUGCAUCCUCCCCCUCCAGUCAUUGACCUCUCCGGCGACUCGGCGCUAAACCAACUUCUUGGGGUACCCGAACCUCUCCGGGUAGAAUACCACCGCACAGGCACACUCGACGCCGUCUCUGGCCCACAGUACUGGUACGCCGAGGAAACAGACCUCCCCGACACGUACUCCCUCAUCGACCUCAUUGAACUGGCGCACACCGAUGGCCUUCUCGAUCUGGUCGACAACCUAUCCUGGGGAAAGUGGCCCCAGUUCUGGCCAUGGGUCAAACGCAAUGCCAUCGCGUGGGGCUAUUCCUCCUUGGGACACAGGGAGCCCCCCUCCCCUACCUUCGCAUCCCCCGACCCCCAACCCCGGCCACCUCUCGCCAUCACCGCUUUCCGCAUUCUCACCCAGAAUGUGGACGGUUUCCGUGUAGAUUCUGUCCGCGCGUGGAUGGCCAGCUGGAAAGACGGCCUCACACACGAACGACUCGACAUCAUCUGCCUGCAAGAGACCCACGUGGGAUCCCCGGCUCAACGCUACCGCGCGCACAGCCUUCUUCACCCGCCUAACCCGGACACCCCCCCACAGCUCCCCAUGAUCAUCGCGGGUGAUUUCAACUGUGUUUCCUCACCCCACCUCGAUCGUACCCCCACCUGCCCUCCACGCAGCCCCACCCUGACAGCGCCGCCAUGGAAGAUUGACUCUCCCUUUGGACUCUUCACGACAGCCUUAGACAAACCCGCUCGCCCCCCUCCACUACUCAAGCCAUCACCAUCUUCCGCACCCGCACAUACACGUGUAUACGGCCAUAAUCCAAGCCCAGCUCCCGCCUCGAUCGCAUAUAUGCCAACGCAGCGAUCACAACGCCGUCUGCGUUUACGUUGCUCCCCCACCCAUCGGAGCCGCAACGCCCGCCACCAGUUGUACCCCAUUCGCUCGGCACAACCCCUACGCCUACAACAACACAUUCUCCACUUCCUCCACGCCGCGUCCGCCGACCCCGUUCCACCGGCAGACAUCUGUGCCCGCUGGGAUGACUUCAUUGACUCCCUUCAAGGACUCCUCCGCCAACUACAACUCGCAGAAACACCCCCAAGACAGACACCCCUGCCCAUCGAUACCCCUUCCCAACGGCUGGAGACGAUCGAGGCCUACGCCAACCAACUCGCCGAAAUCAAUCGCUACCGCCACGGCCGCUCCAUGAUUGAGGGUAUGACCCCCUCCGCAGCCUUUUUCCGCCGUUUCACCAACCGAUGGGAUAAAUCGGAGCUCCCCUCCAUCUCACCUCCCGACUGCGCCCACCUCCUUGCCCCCUGCACCCCCUAUGACCUCUCGAUGGCCUUAAAAAAGCUGCACGGCGGAAAGGCCCCGGGCCCCGACGGAAUACCCACCAAGUUCUAUCAUCAUUUCAGCGCCGCCCUCUCCCCGCUGCUCCUGCGCCUCGGACGUGCUCCCCUCAAGAAAAAGGGCAACAGCACCAACGCUCUGGGCUAUCGACCAAUCUCGCUUCUCAACUCUACGUACAAAAUAUUUGCUCAGAUUCUAGCCAUCCGUCUACCACCCCUCCUGGCGGUCGUCAUCGGCUCCCAACAACAAGGCCUCUUUCAACGGGCUUUGGCCUUCCAAUCAUCGGACCCCCUCACCCCGCUCGAAGUCUCAGCCAUCAUCUGA